AUUUUGGCAUUAUAAUAAAAAUUUCUUAUUAUUUCUCGAUUGUGUACAAUAUCAGUUAUAAUAAGUCAUUGAAAUGGAUUUAAAUAGACUUCCCAAUGAUAAAAAGCUGCAGUUGUGUAGAUGGUAUUUUAGAGUUGGUUGCCUCUUACUGCCAUUCGCAUGGGCUGUAAAUGCUGUGUGGUUCUUCAACGAAGCUUUCGUAAAACCACCAUUUGAAGAGCAAAAACAGAUAAAAAAAUAUGUACUGAUAAGUGCAGUGGGGGCAGCAGUAUGGGCCUGUGCCCUUAUCGCUUGGGUGACCGUGUUCCAGAUGAAUAGAGUGUUAUGGGGCGCUACUGGAGAUAUGCUCUCUUUUAUUGUGCCUCUAGGACGAGCUUAGUAUAAUAAUUAGACUAUCUAUCUAUUUUAACUUCUAACUGACAUAAUAAUUAGUAAAACAAUGCUUGUAGUGAUCCCUUGAAUUAU